ACUUUGAAGCGUCGAGGAUUGAUAACGAAAGAGGGAUUUUUGCUUAGCAUAGCUUCAUCGAGUCGAUCAUUUCUGACGGGUUUCACGCAUAUUACCGCUUUGGAGCAGCUUACUCAGAGAUUCAGAUGCACAUAACAUCUCCGCAUUCUGAAGAACAAGCACAUGAAAGAUUGUUGGAGUGGUAAUGAACUUGCUAAGUUCUUGUUUCAGAAUUUUGGCAUAGCAUUAAGGACCAUUCUGAGGUUUGUUUCUGCCUGUAAUAUGUGAAGAAGUACCAAAGUAUAAUGCCAAAUAAGUUAAGCAACAGCUUGAAUGACAUUAAUAAAAGAUCAAAGAAGGAAUCAUGCAUUGAGAAAUUGGAGAAACACAUUGUUCAGAAUCCUUCGGACAGGGUUGGCAACUCAAUGGCUCAAUUUGAAGACCUCCCAGAAGAAGAUCCGGAAGAGGAGGAAUUGUGUGAGGAGCUAGAGGAAGAUCCAGAGGAGGAAUCAGCUUCGGAAGUAGAGGAUGAUCCACACGAGGAAUCAGCUGAGGAACUGGAGGAAGAUCCAGAGGAGGAAUUAGUUGAGGAAGAUCCAGAAGAGGAAUCAACUGAGGAAGUAGAGGAAGAUCCAAAUGAGGAAUCAGCCAAGGAACUUGAGGAAGAUCAAGAGGAGGAAUCAGCUGAGGAACUGGAGGAAGAUCCAGAGGAAGAAUCAGCUGAGGAACUGGAGGAAGAUGUACAGGAGGAAUCAGCUGAGGAACUGGAGGAAGAUCCAGAGGAAGAAUCAGCUGAGGAACUGGAGGAAGAUGUACAGGAGGAAUCAGCCGAGGAACUGGAGGAAGAUCCAGAGGAGGAAUCAGGUGAAGAAGUAGAGGAAGAUGUACAGGAGGAAUCAGUCAAGGAAGUGGAGGAAGAUCCCGAGGAGGAAUCAGCUGAGGAACUGGAGGAAGAUCCAGAGGAGGAAUCAACUGAGGAACUAGAGGAAGAUCCUGAAGAGGAUCCAGUAGUAAACAUCAAGUGGGAGGGUGCAUCAUGUAAUGAAGUUCCAUUAUUAUCCCAGGCAUCGUAUCAAUCACAGAAGAAAUGCAAGCAGGAGGGAACGCAAAGCCAAAAUUUAGAGCCAGAAGCUUCUCGACUGGAACUCAGUAGUGACAAGUCGAUUUCUGUGGCAACUACCGAUAAAGUUGGUUCCAAAGAAGAAGUUUCAGGAAGGUCGGCAAAACAAAGGCGUAGUAGAUGGGAACCACAACCUCGUGGAGAUGGAACGAAUGAUGAUCUGACUUGCAAAAGGAGGAAAACCAGGUGGUCUAGUGAAGAAACUCAAAUGAAAAUGCUGGGUCCACUUCAGCUACCUAACUUAAAUAUCAUAUCUAAGUUGAUGACAUUAAACCCGGAUUUUAACCCUCCUCCUGAAUACAAGCCCCCAAAGCUCUUAAAAAAGCUUUACAUACCAGUGAAAGAAUAUCCAGAGUACAAUUUCAUUGGACUUAUUAUUGGUCCUCGUGGAAACACACAGAAGAAGAUGGAAAAAGAAUCUGGGGCUACGAUUCUUCUAAGAGGUAAAGGCUCCUCAAAAGCAACUAGCAAAUGUGACUCUGAGGAAGAAGAUUUACAUGUUUUAAUAGAAGCUGACAACCAAAAAUCACUGGAUGCAGCAGUUGGCAUGGUUGAAAAACUGCUAAUUCCAGUUGAAGAAGGACAAAAUGAGCACAAGCGCGAACAGUUAAAGGAGCUGGCUCAACUGAAAGCAACACGGAGAGAUGAAAAUGUGUGCAGUGUGUGUGGUGAUAAGGGACACAGACAUUAUGCAUGCCCUAACCUUAGUUCAACUUUUAAUUUCGAUUUAUUUGACACUGGUUGUAGCAGCAGCCUUUCAAUCCCAACUUAUCCUGCUACUGCAUUGUUUCCACCAAACAGUAACUUUCCAUGCGGAUCUGGAACAAGUCUUAAUUCAGUGCAGAAUAGACAAAUAAGGCCUGGAAAGGAAAUAAACGACAAAAACCUUUAUGUUGGUUAUUUGCCGCCGUCAAUUGACAAGAAUAGAUUGAUUGAGCUGUUCUCCCCAUUUGGUAAGAUCACUGAAGCUGAUGUUAUUAAGGAUCGAACCACUGGCAUCAGUAAAGGUUAUGGCUUUGUCAAAUAUGAAGAUUCCCAGGAUGCAGCUUUAGCUAUAAUGCAUCUAAAUGGUUUCAGAAUUGAUGGAAAGUUUUUGAAAGUGAGGAUAGCCGGACUGCAGGCAAAUAAUGAAACCCCAAGUCUAAACCUUAUUCCUCAGAUCCCAUUGCCUGCAACUGUCUCCACAAAUGUCAUUCACCAAACGAAUCUUUCUGAUCCAUUACAUUUCAUGCUGCCAGAAUACCAAUCUUCAUUUCAUGACAGCAGUAGCACAAAUAUGUUUCCAUGUAAUAUCAACUCAGAGGAUGGUGAUCCUCUGAAGGUAAAUGCUUUGCUUACUCCCCAUCCAGGUUAUUCUGGCUACUUUUCAGAUCAAAGUUUGUUCUCAUCAAAAGAUUCAACCGAACAUUUUCCUGGUGAUCCAGGCAAUCUUGGUAAUUUCAGUCCUUUCUUAUGAUACCAACAUUUAAAAGAGCUACAGUUUCCAAUACUUAUCAACAUUAAUCUUAUUCCCUCAUUGCACAACAUGGACUCACUUGAAAGGGUGUACAGAUAUGCAUGAGUUUGUUGUUCUCUAGUUACCUUUUGUAAUUAGAAAUUCUAUUUUCUAUUCAGCAA